CCUUAGUUUGUAGGGCUCAGUUCCACACCUGGACUCUUGCAUUUAAGACUGCACUUUUUAAUUAAUGACAGAUUGCAGAGCAGUAAAUAAUGGUUGUAUCUUCACUUGUGAAGCCCCAUGAACCCAGUGAACAACCCAUGUCCUUUCAUAUUCAAGAAGCCCUCUUUUGUUUUGCUUUUUGAUGCUUCUUAAGAGAGAGAGAGAGAGAGAGAGACGAAAAUUCUGUCUUUGGCUGCUUCUCUAGCUGUCAUCUUCUGAUUCAAGUGAGAGAAAAUUUAAGGGGUAUUUAGAUUGCAAGGUGGGCGUUGGAUUUGUCCCUGCAGGGUCAUUAGACCAAAUGUGGUUCCAUGUAGCUUUCAAGAUUACAUGAGAUGGGUAUGUUUGCUCCUUUUGUAUAGGAAAAAUCUUUCUUGAGUCAGAGAAAAAUAGUAUAAACCCAGCGUUAUAUUUCUCAGGUUCCUAAAUGCAAACACAAAGCCAAGAAGUCUCCUAUUUAAGAACCCUAGCUCUCUCCCUUAUCUACUUGCUUCUAUCAAUAGCUUCAACUUGUUUUCACUUGCCUUUAGUUAAUGAAGGAGGACCUUUUUGAGUCAGAGAUGCAGUAACCUGUUGAGAGCAGCUCGUUUCUCCCAGGCAAUGGAGUCUUCGUCCCAAGCUUUUGAAGGUUCAGAGGAAUGUCUGAGCAGUGAAUCUGGUUGGACGAUGUAUAUUGGGUCUCCAAUGCAAGAAGAAGAUGAAGGUGCAGGUGAUGAACAAAGUACUCAUAACGAUGCUGAUGAUGCAGAAGAUGGAGGUGGUAAAGUUGGUCGUGAUGGUGAAGCUGAGAGUGAUGAUUCAAUGGCCUCUGAUGCAUCUUCACGUCCUAGUUAUAGAGGACGAGUUGCCUCAAAAAAUGGUAAGUCAUGUGCUGCUAAAAAGGGUCAGUCCAGGAAUGCUUACAAGGAGGAAGAAGAAGAAGAUGAUGAUGAUGAUGAUCCCAAGCAAAGAGCAUAUGGCACUAAUCCUUCUCCGAGUAAAGGCAAGGUGAGCAAGAGCUUGAGGAUGAAGAAAAAGAAGUAAUUAUAUGUAUUUUUGGCUCCUCCACUAGAAAUUAUCAUAGUUUUUUGGGGCUGGAAAAAAAAAAUGUUUCUUUCUCACUGAUAUGAGAUAGGGAUGUUUAGCUAAUUGUCAAUGUGAUAUGCCUUUUUGCUUUUUUGAAUCAUAAGUACUGUAAGAGCUCAAUCCAAAGUUAUAUGAUGAUGUUGUUGAAGGUA